CCACAUGAUGCUAUGAUCAUCCACUAAUCAUACAGCGCAGUAUCAUUUGCCCUUUUCAGUAAUGGCGUCCUAUGUAUUUCCGGGUUCUUAUAACCAUAGAGUUCCCUAUAAGCGCAGUAUUGAGCGGCCGUAACGGCGUUAGCGAUGGAUUUCCGGUGUCCGGGAGUUGUGCGCCCCCCUCAGGAGAGCCAGACAUCCUGACAGCACCGAGGAGAGCCGAGGCCGGAGCUGCACAGAGCCGAGCUGUCACCUGAGGAGCGAACGCCCGGAUUCAUAGCCCCCUGGAUGCAAGGGGGAAGAAAAAAAGUUUCCAUUCACUGUCAGCAAGCAGAUGACAUGAGCGCUUCCUGAAGGUUACUUUGGAUUUCACGUAACUGAACAGCAAACCUAAUUCUUCUGCGGACUGGAGAGGACAAACUACCAGAGACGGAGGACACCAUGGCUAGUAGGGGAAGUACAAGGGCUAAUGGAGUGGGCCAGACAAAAAUCUGCCAGUUCAAGCUAGUGCUGCUUGGAGAUAUGGCUGUAGGAAAAUCCAGUCUUGUCCUGAGGUUUGUCAAGGGUCAGUUUGAUGAGUUUCAAGAGACCACCAUUGGAGCUGCCUUCUUGGCUCAGUCCGUAUGUCUUGAUGAUACAACGGUGAAGUUUGAGAUCUGGGACACUGCUGGACAGGAAAGAUAUCACAGUCUCGCCCCCAUGUACUAUAGAGGAGCACAGGCAGCUAUUGUGGUGUUUGACAUCACUAAACCGGAAACCUUUGAUCGGGCAAAAGCAUGGGUUAAGGAAUUACAGCGGCAAGCGAGUCCAAACAUUGUGAUUGCAUUGGCCGGUAAUAAGUCAGACUUGUCAGAGAAGAGGAUGGUGGAAUUUGAGGAAGCUCAGGCGUAUGCAGAAGACACAGGACUAUUAUUCAUGGAAACUUCAGCAAAAACUGCAAUGAAUGUAAACGAGUUGUUUCUCGCUAUUGCAAAGAAAAUGCCUAAGUCAGAUGCUCAAAACCCAACUCAUGCUGCCCGCAACAGAGGUGUGAAUCUCCAGGGAUCAGAACAGCAGGCAAGAAGUGGGUGCUGCGGCAAUUGAUCCAGAAAAAAACAAGAACAAGCCUCUUCAGUAUGCAUUUUUUACGCAGAUUAUUGUGAAUACAGUCUAGGAAGCUGCCUCUGUUUCUCGACAGCGGGUGGGAGUUAUUUUUUUUUUCUUUUUAUCAUAGUGUUAAAAGUAAGAAAUCACUAAACUGUAAAAAAAAACUAAAAUCCACUCCAUUCUCGAAGCGCAAAACUAAGUAAAGUCACUUCCCACGGUGGACCAUUGACAGUAUGAUGUGUUCUAUGCUUUUCUUUAAGCAUGUCCAUUCGACUGUUAAUAACCUGCUGUCACAAUCUUAAGUCUUUAGAGUACACCGAUCUCUUUAGCUCCAGCUCUGUUGCCUGCAUCAAGAAUACAUGUCUGAAGCAAUAUUCUACAAGCACUUAAGGAAAUCAUCUGCGAUCUGCAUGUAGCUGAACCUGGACAGUUAUGAGGCUGAUUGACUAUUCAGCACUAUUGAGGUUCCUAAGCAGCUAAUGACAUGUACAGUUUUACAAAGAAAACCCCUUGAAGCUGUGUGUAUGGCUGGCCUCUGCCGACUAGGAGACUUACUGCAUCUCAGCACUUCUUGUCCCAAUAUGGCUGUUCUGUUACUUUGAUGUGAUUGGCCUCCCCUCCUUUGCAGAAGAACAAAACACACUGGACCUCUUGCACUUUACCUUCCCAUCCAUUUAUAUUUAUCUUGAAAACCCAGAUUUUUCAGCUCCCUCACCCUUCCCUGCAACAUGAGUGUAAUCUCUCAUUGUAAGAAGAAUAAGUGAUAGAACAUGCUCUGAACACUUUUGUAUUUGCACCUUCAGAUAAUGUUUUACUUGAAUCCUAAAAUAUUGAUUUUUAAUGUAACAUUAAAGCAAAGCGAAUCAGAAGUGUUUUUUCCAUUGUGACUUGCUUAUCACAGUACGUAGCCCAUAUUAGGCAAGGUUUUCACACAGGCUUUUUUUUUUUUUCUGGCAUUUUUGCAGAACUGCAACUGCAAUUUUUAAGCCGGAGCCAGAAGUGGAUCCAGUAGGAAGGAGAAGUGUAAGUCCUUCCUUUAUAUGUCCUAUUCCUUUUGAAUACAUUUCUGGCUUUGGCUCAAACUGCAGUUUUCCAAAAACUGCCAGAAAAUACCUGUGUGGAAACCUAGCCUUAAAGAGGUACUCCGGCCCCAAGACAUCUUAUCCCCUAUCCUUUGGAUAGGGGAUAAGAUGUCUUAGGGCUGGAGUACUCCUUUAAAGCAGAUUUGUCAGCUGAAUGUGCUGCCCUCCAGAAGAGCAAUGUAUUACAUCUAUAGGUCCAUAUAUGUGAAAUGUUGUUCAUUAUAGGAGCACUGAAAUAAGAGGACUCAGUUUUGAUCAUGCAUUAUACAUUAGGAGACUACUCCCACAGCUCUUACUUUUUGUCUGUUCUCAACAGUCAGUGACUGACAAGCUGGUGAGAGCAGCACUCUCCUCGUGGAUUCAGCAUACUGAUAACUCUGAGUCCUUUUGUAUUUUUUUUUUUUUAUGUUUCUCUUAGCCUAACAUCACUGAAUUUGUGUGCCCUUUUGGCUACUAGUAUGGACCUGUAGCUGUCAUAUAUUAAAGAGAUAGUCCGGGGAACUAAAUAUAUCCUAUCCACAGGCUCCCAUCCUCGGAGACCAGCAGGAGCGACAGCCCUCUCCGCCAAUCACCAGGCUGAGCCGACUGAAUGGGCUGUUGCUCCUGCAAAUCUCGGAACGGGUGAGUAGUUGGCCCCUACAGGAUUUUGUGCAGGGGCCCGGCGGUUGGGCCCCCUGCGAUCAGACAAUUCCCUGAAGUUUAGUUUCCUGGAGUAUCCCUUCAAGCUGACUGUCCUGAUUCAACUGCUGUAUGUGUGAGUGUUUCUGGAGGUUUCUGCACUGGAGGUGUAAGUUUAAAGAACCGUUAAUAAAAGGUGCAUUAAAAAC